GAGUCGCUCUGUGUGCAUUUUAUAGUUUCUCCUAUGGAUAAUACAUUUUAUACUUUAGGGCGGGGGCAUGGCUUACUGGGCCCCGCCUCCGCAGCCAGCACAGCCACACAGGGCGUAGGUAGUAGUUUUCAGGCAAGAGCUGCACAAUUUCUAAAUCCUCACGCGCGUGCCCAAAACACGGGUUCAGCGAGAGACGCUCGACUGCUUAACAUCGGUGCCAUGGCUCCCGCCGCGUCGCCAGGUAUCCAAGCUCCGAUAACCCAAAUGGGCAGUCCUUUUAGCGGGCUGACGGGCAGGCUCGCGGGCGGACUCGCGGGCGGCGGGCUCGCCGGGCUGGCCGCCGGACAUGGCCACAAUUCGCCGACCAUCGCCAAUCUGGGUCAGCAGCAGCAGCCGCAGAACCAGUCUAACGUAUAUGAUAUUGGGUCCCCUCGCGACAAAGAGGACUCCAUCGGCACCGCUCGCGGCCGGUUCGCGGGGAUGGUCGGGGCCGGUCAGGGGGCAGCGGCAACGUCCAGCACAGCAGCAGCAUCCGGCGCGCGCCGGGAACAGUGGCGGGGCUCGUCACAGUGGCGGGGCACGUCACAGCAGCUGCUGGACUGGUUUGAUGAUGAUAAGGCAGGCGUUGCAGAAAUGGGUGCAGCUGAUGGCCUGGGUGGGGCAGGCGCGUGGACGGGCCACUCAGGCGCACCUCCAGCUGCGGCCGGAGCAGCUGACGCGGCUGCAGCUGGCCCCGCCAUGGCGCCUCGCACUGGGGCAUACGACUAUGACGAUGUCAGCGGUGGUGGGGAGCCCGCUGGUGGCGAGGGCGGACAAGCUGCAGCCAAGCAGAAAGGGGGUUGGUCACACGUGCAAGUGUCCUCGCUUCUCAAGGAGAGCAUGUUGGAGGGCAUGUUCAGCAGCAGUCAGAGGGACGGCGGCUUCUUUCGCCUGCAACCCCAGCAGGUGAAGCAGAAGGUGCAGGCUAUCUAUGACCAGUUGCUAAGCAGCCUGCAGGGGGAGGUGGCUGACCUACAGUCCAAGAUAAAGAACAGCUUCCAGCCGGAGAAGGGACAGCUGCAGGCCACUCUGGCGGAGAAGGAGCUGCACAUCGCUAACAUGAAGGGGCUGGCAGCACGCCGCCAGUCCAGCUCGGACCGCACCUGGUACCAGCUGUUCUGCCACAUCGUCAGCAAUACUGCACACUACACGAUCGCCACUUCAGGCAAGAAGCGGACUGCGGCUUCGGUGACAUCGGAGGGCCAGGCCAACAAGCUCAAGCGCCUAGCAGGGCACCUGAAGGGCAUCUACCUGCAUGGUGCGGGGCAGAGCGGACUGGAGACCCUGCGCACUGCUAACAUUCAGCAGCAGGCCAACUGCGAGCGCCGCCAUGCCAAACGGGCGGCUGCUGAGGAGGCCAGGCAGGACACUGCGAAGAGGGUCAGCGCCGUGGCCGAUCUGAUGACGGAGAGCAUGGCCAAGUUAGCGAUUUGACUCGUCCUUACGGCAGAAGGGACCCGGGUACGAAUCCGGAUAAAAGCCCAAUUACGCAAAAGGCGAAAGAUUGGUGUGAAACCGAUUGGUGAUCCCACGAACGAUAGGUAAUUGCCCUUAGUGGCAAUUGCGGGCUUAUGCCCGCUGCAACCCAGAAAGGUCGUGGUGCAGAAGUCCGAUUUAGUGGCGAGGUCCAAGGUUCAAGACAAGGUUCAAGAUCCAAGGCUCGAAGAGGAGCGCCAUGGCUCUUCGGUUUGCACGAACUGGCAGUGCUCCACUACUAUAACGCGGCGUUUCCCUAGCUCGAUAUGCUAGGUGUGCAGGCUUGGAUGUAGUGGACUUUGAAGAGCGGCCUAGGACUUGGAGGUUGUAGUUUCGGAGGUUGUGACUCUUUCGUGGUGAGGUGUCAGCGUGAGGGGGGCGGGCCCUCUCGCCCUAGUCACCUUGCCCCGUUAAUCCAUGCCAGGCCCUAUGGGCCGGCGUUGUAAUUAUUAUUAUUAUUAUUCCUGGAAAGCUCUUUCGUGUUCUUCGUAAUCUUGUUUAUGAGCGCACCAUGUCGCAAAACAACAUUCGCUAGUUUUGAAUGACUCCCACGUUGCUAACUUUGAUGCCACGACAUGCGUACAGGAGCAGACGUUCAAGUUGGGCUUGCUCGAGAUACUCAAGUCCAUGGCGGACACCAGCAGGCGAAUGGUCGAUGCGGUCGAGAAUGCGCUAGACAAGGCUCCGCGCGACUGAUCGGCGCAUGCUACAACCAAAAACGUCGACAAAGCUGAGGGAGACAUAUGUUUGUUGAUGUAUAUUUGCAUGUUGUUCUUUAUUGUGGGUACUGGCAUUUAUGAGGAUAGGAACUAGAGAGGAGGCGUCCCAUAAAUGGCGUAGUAU